AGGGAAACAUUCGCCGCUAUUAAAAACCUAACUAGCCGGGAAGGGCAGUGGUGUGAUCUCUAGUGACCGCCGAAACCCUCUCUUCCCAGUAAAUCCCUUUCCUCAAUCCUCAUGGCGUCCCAAGGUCGUAGGGGUGGAGCCUCGCUCCCUGAUAGGCCCACAAGGAACCAACCCACCGGUAUUAUCUCCAAGCUUUCACAGUCUCCUCUCGUCUCCAGGGGCAAGGAGGUUGCCGGCGACGCCGCUCUCGUCACGAAGAAGCUCCUCAAAAGCACCGGUAAGGCCGCUUGGAUCGCUGGCACCACUUUCCUCAUCCUCGUUGUGCCUUUGAUUAUCGAGAUGGACCGUGAGCAGCAGUUGAACGAGCUCGAGCUUCAGCAGGCCAGCCUUCUCGGUACCCCUACCACCAUGGGUCCACCGCCCCAGAAGUGAAUGAACCGUUUAGGUUAGGUAAAUUUUCUGGUUCGGUUUUCAAUGUGAUUGUUUGAAUCUGAGUCACUUGGGUUAGAUCUUGUGGAAGCAUUGGGAGAAUCAUUGCUGAUUCUCUUCUUUUUAAUGGUAUUGAAACAAUAUAAGUCCAUGAUUUCGUAUUGCAAUAACCUUACAAUUGUAGCUUUAGAAGUAUUCUAGUGCAAAUCUUCAUAUCCCUGUAUGUUUUUUUGUUUUUUGCCAACUUAUAUCCCUCUAUAUUACUCCUUAAUAUACAUUAUCAAGUCAAUGUGGUACGUUUAAUUUA